AUGGAAGCUAAGGAAUUCAUUUUGCAGCAGGUAAAUGGAUCAAGGUGCAACAAUUAUAAUAGAUAUCUCGGGCUUCCUACUAUAGUGGGAAGAUUAAAAUAUAACACCUUCAGAAGUCUAAAGGAGAAGGUCUGGAAAAGAAUCAACAGCUGGAAAUCCAAGUUCCUAUCCUCAGUUGGGAAGGAAAUUCUCAUAAAGAGUGUGUUGCAAGCAAUACCAGCCUACUUUAUGAGUGUGUUCAAGAUGCUUGGAUUGCUACUAAAAGAGAUUGAAGCACUUAUAGCUAGAUUUUGGUGGAACCAAAAAGAGGUGGGGAAGGGCAUCCAUUGGAAAAGCUGGAAACAUAUGGGGGAAGUUAAAAACCAAGAACGACUAGGGUUCAGGGACCUCAGUAGCUUCAACAAAGCCCUCUUAGCAAAGCAACUACGGAGAACGAUAAAAGAACCACUGUCAUUAGUCUUGAGGGUUUUCAAACAAAAAUGCUUUCAGCAUUGUGAUGUGAUGGAGGCAGAGUUAAAAGGAUCUCCCUUGUACAUAUGGAGAAGCCUAUGGUCAAGUAUGGAUUUGGUGAAGGAAGGGUUAGUAUGGAGGGUGGGAAAUGGGAGAGACAUAAAAAUAUGGAAGGAAAAAUGGUUGUCUAGACCAGUAACCUUUCAGGUUCAGACCCACAUCAAUAGUCUAGAUCCAGAUUGCAAGGUGGAUGCCUUAAUUAAUGUAGAUACUUGA